GUCGUUUCCAGUCACCAGAUGUCGAUGGCAUGGAAAAUCAACAGGUCAUUUAAAGCGUACGAGUCCGAGGUAGUGUAUCGUAGUCUUUCUUCUUACUAGUCUCUCGUCUGCUCCGAGUGCAUGCCGUUGCUACAUUCAGUUGAAGGCGUUUUGUUGCAUAUCCAACCUCGUUGAGUUUUGCGUCUUUGUAUACUGUCUAUCCUAUUUCGCGCGAAAGCCCUCUCCUCAAACCAUCUCUCAGCACAUCCCUCGCGUAUACCACCAUUCCAUCCAUCCACCACCAUGGCCCUCCGCGUCGUCAACGCCAAAGUCCUUUCCAUCUGCACUCUCCUGCUCAUCUUCCUCGCCACUCUCGCGCACUUCUUCUCCAGCCGAGAUGGUCCCCACGUGGCAGCAGACGCCGGCAGUCGGCUUGUCUCCGGCAACCACCAGGUCCCAUACGUCCCGAGCAAUUGGCGCACGCGGAAAGCUAAACCUGCAAAUGCGACACUGGACUUCCAGGAGAUUCUGUAUAUUAGCAUGCCGUAUCGCACGGAUCGCCAGGAUGCUAUGAGUCUGCUUGCGGCGGCUACGGGGUUGAAGGUGACGCUGAUACCUGGGGUCGACGUCUCCACCAUGCACCCCAAAGCCAAACCCCUCCUCCCCUUCGUCGACCCCGCCAAAGCCAACGACUCCUUCCUCGGCGUCUGGCGCGCCCACGCAAAUGCCUGGCGCCACAUCAUCGACCACGACGUCGCCACCGCGCUCAUCCUCGAGGACGAUGUCGACUGGGACGUGCAUAUCAAGGACAUCAUGGGCCUGUGGAGCUUCCAGCUACGGUAUAAUAACAGCUUGCUUUCUCCCUCCCCUUCCUCUUCCUCCUCCGCCACGGAUAAGAGUAAGAAUCAAGAAUGCCCCUACGGCUGCGCCUGGGACGAGCUCUACAUGGGGCAAUGCGGCAACACGCCGAACCCGGACGACCGCCGCCACCAGGUCUACGCGGACCCGCACAGCCCCGCGGUGUCCACGCACACGGAUCCCAUCGUCGAGGAGAUGACGCAGCACUGGAAUGUGUCGCGCGACGCGGCGGCGCUGCGGAUAAUCAGCCCGACGUACGGGCCCCUCUGCGCGAUGGGGUAUGCGGUUACUCGGCUGGGUGCGAUGCGUAUGCUGUAUCAGAUUGGCGGGUGGCGUGGUUUUGGCAUGGGCGUCGACAACGAAAUCGCGUUCCGCACGCAAGAAGGCCGCCUGCGCGGCUGGACGCUCAGCCCGCCCUGCAUUACCGCCUGGCGCACCGGCGGCGCGCGGGACAGCGACAACGACGGCGAUAGCGCGGAGCGAGUAGACGACAAGGGCAAUGCGGGCGGGUUUACGAGGGGGCUGAAGGAGAGUGCACGGAAGGCGAUGGAGAGGCUGCUGGGGGAAACGGUGGAUAGGCGGGUGGAGGAGUUGCUGGGGCGGUAG